UCACGCUUCUUCCUGCUGUGGAAACGUCAGCGAGGCUGCGUGACACUGCGUGACACUGCGGACUCUGUCUCCAUGCGUGGACGGAUGUCAGGACGGUGUCUGGGAGAGGACGCAGCCCGCAGCUACAGUGAGAGAGCGCGCGCACACACAAGCGUCAGCUCGGGGAGGGCGAAGGCUGCUUAAAAUGCAGUGGAUGUGACAGCGCGAGUCCAGACGAUAGCGGCGCGUGGACGUGGAGAGGUGAGCGUGACAGUGACAGUGAAGGUGCUGCUGCUGGGGGAGGCGGGCGUGAAGAUGCCAGCGGAACCAGCAGCGCACACGCGGACGUGACGCCUGUAAACACACACACACACAGAGGGAGACACGCGGGAGGAGCUGGUGCGUGGACCGAGGAGCGGGACGGCGGGGGGGGUGAAGAUGACAGUGGUGCCCGGCGAGAACCUGGAUGAGACUGUGGCACUGGCCGCGCUGUGCGCGCACGAUGCCUGCUACGACCCGGAGCGAGCCGAGGUGAACCAGGAGUGCUGCGAGCGCGUGGUCAUCAACAUCUCCGGGCUGCGCUUCGAGACGCAGCUCAAGACGCUCGCGCAGUUCCCGUGCACGCUGCUGGGCGACCCGCGCAAGAGGAUGCGCUUCUUUGACCCGCUCCGGAACGAGUACUUCUUCGACAGGAACAGACCCAGCUUCGAUGCCGUCCUCUACUACUACCAGUCCGGGGGUCGCCUCCGCAGACCCGUCAACGUCCCCGUGGACAUUUUCAUGGAGGAGAUCAAAUUUUACGAACUUGGCGAGGACGUGAUUGAGAAUUUCAAGGAGGACGAAGGUUUCAUUAAGGAGGAGGAGCGACCGCUGCCCGAGAGCGAGUUCCAGCGGCAGGUCUGGCUCCUGUUCGAGUACCCGGAGAGUUCGGGUCCCGCCAGAGGCAUCGCCAUCGUCUCCGUGCUCGUCAUCCUCAUCUCCAUCGUCAUCUUCUGCAUGGAGACUUUACCGGAGUUCAGAGAGGAGUCGAGGACGUUUGAUGAUCAGCAGCAGCUGCAGCUGCAGCUGUUGGCCGUGAACGGAACCACGCGCGCAAAGAAGCCGAACCCCUUCACGGACCCGUUCUUCAUCGUGGAGACGCUGUGCAUCAUCUGGUUCUCCUUCGAGCUGCUCGUGCGCUUCCUCGCGUGCCCGAGCAAGCCCGCGUUCUUCAAGAACAUCAUGAACACCAUCGACAUCGUGGCCAUCAUGCCGUACUUCAUCACGCUGGGUCUGGAGCUGGCGGAGCAUCAGGGGAACGGGCAGCAGGCCAUGUCGCUGGCCAUCCUCAGGGUCAUCCGCCUGGUGCGGGUCUUCCGCAUCUUCAAACUCUCCAGACACUCCAAAGGUCUGCAGAUCCUCGGGAAGACGCUGCAGGCGAGCAUGCGGGAGCUGGGCCUCCUCAUCUUCUUCCUCUUCAUCGGCGUCAUCCUCUUCUCCAGCGCGGUCUACUUCGCGGAGACCGACGACCCGGAGUCCACGUUCAGCAGCAUCCCGGACGCCUUCUGGUGGGCGGUGGUUUCCAUGACGACCGUGGGAUACGGGGACAUGUGUCCAGUCACCAUUGGCGGGAAGAUCGUGGGCUCGCUGUGCGCCAUCGCCGGCGUCCUGACCAUCGCGCUCCCGGUGCCGGUCAUCGUCUCCAACUUCAACUACUUCUACCACCGCGAGACGGAGCACGAGGAGCAGCUGCAGUACACGCACGUGACGUGCGGCCAGCACCCCACGUCCUUCGGGGAGUUUAAGCGCAGCGACAGCAAACCGUCCCUGUGCAAGUCGGACUUCGUGGACAGCGAGGACGCGGAGUCCAUCAAGUUCACCAACUGCAGCCCGCACAAGGCGCAGUGCGCCGGGAAGCUGACGGACGUGUGAGCCGGGACACGGAGCCACGCACGCGCGUCCGAAGGAAUUAAACCUCAUUCUUUUCUCUCUCUGUGUAUGUGCGCGUGACACCUCAGCUCCGCUCUGAGCUUCUGUUUUUGUGACAUCGCAGGGAAAUAAAUCACAUUAUCAGCGCAGAGGAGAAGCUGGAUUAUCACAGAGUCCAGACCCGGGACUGUCUUCCUUUACGCACGUGCAUCUCCUGUGAUCCAGGGGGGAAACAAAGGAAGACGCUGGUCAGCCUGUAGCCAAGUGUAGCACUUUAUUCUUCUUCUUAUUAUUAUUGUUGUUCUUUUAUUCUCCUGGUGAAGAGUCACUGAUUGAUUUUAGGCUUGAGUUCCGUUCACUUUUUUAAAACCUGGACCUUUUUUUCACUUUUGAGUCAGAAU